UGCGGGAAACAACGUAUGUUCGUUCACACAUUGGACACCGAUCGUGGUUGAAGGCGCGCGCGAGUUGAGUUUCGAAUUUCCAGAAGAAAAGUGCAAUAUUUGUGUACUGUUUGCUUUGUGUUGUUGGUGAGACACGGAAAUACGCGGGAGUCGCUCCGGAAAGGUCACUUUAUGGGAGAAGCCGGCAGUGCGUUCCAGAGCGAACAAAAGGACUCACGAAGAUCGUGUAAAUCUUGACGGCGGUCGAGGAAAGGUGCCCGAAGUAAGCGAUCGAAGUCGGUGGAAUCACUGAUUGCCAGCACGAUGCCCCUGCUGCGGUGGAGUUCGUCCAAGAAGUUGACCAAGCUGCUGCUGAUCCUGCUGAGUGGGGUGCUGACGCUGCUGACGACGGCGAAGGCGAAACCAACGCUCAACUUCGAGCUGUCCAAGAUUCCCGGAUUCACGCAGAUCGUCGAACGGAGGCUGCAGGAUGCGAUGAAGAGUUACAGCAAGCGACGUCUGGAUGUGGCGUCGUUGCGGAUGGUCUACUUCCACGAUCAGACGGUGGCCGUCGUCGAGCUGGGACCGGAGAAGAAACUGAUCGGAUGCGAGUUGAUUGAAAUCUACAAAGACUCCGAAGGCCAUGCUCUGCUCCGAAACCUCUCGGCCAUCAACCGGCCGCUGGAGAUAUCGUUCCGGGACAUGAUCAAACUGAUGGACCAGUGCGAACAAGUGGACCGAAUUAACGCGAAGAACAAAUUCCGCGCAACGAGCUCUCCACCGGCGUCGGCCGCCAUGGACGCCGUCGGUUACCGCAUGAACGAUGACGACGACGGCGACGGCGACGACAACCAAGAUGGAGCGGAUUCCACCACAACGGCGGUAGGAAUUUUCCAGCUGAUAACCAACGGAGUGCGAGAUCAGGGCAGCAGCAAGCGGGGCAUCUUCUACACCAGUCCGUUUUCGCUGUUCAGUGGCAUCAUCCCCGGGACCAAGUGGUGCGGAACCGGGGACAUUGCGGAUACCUACUACGACCUGGGUGAAGACGCCACGAUGGACCGGUGCUGCCGGACGCACGAUCUCUGUCCGUUGAAGGUCCGAGCGUACCAGAAGCGGUACAAUCUUAGCAAUAAUUCGAUCUAUACCAAGUCUCACUGCAAGUGCGACGACAUGCUGUAUGACUGUCUCAAGAAGACCAACACGUCGGCGGCGCAGGUCAUGGGAUCGAUCUACUUCAAUUUGGUGCAGGUGCCCUGCGUUGAGGAUACCCCAAAGGGAAUGAAGUUCCGGAAGGCUCGCGAAGGCUUCUAAAGCGCAGCAGCAGCAGCAGCAACAGUAGUUAUGAACAAGAAGUGCCUAAAAAGUAGGGUUUGGCAACCCUGCUGUCAUUAUUCGUGCUGCUUUAUUUUUCUUUUUAAAACAGAGCGGUACAAUUAAAGCAAACAAACAAAAGGUCGAAGAAACAAAGAACAAGCGCCCUUGUGAUUAAAGUAAUCGUUUAGCAAUUUUCUUUAUUCGAAGAAUGUGUAAGUUAAGAGAACGGGGAGAGAAUCGGAAAAGGUGGGAUUUGUUUUUCAUCUAGCAGUUUCCAACGCUGAGUUGCGUAAUUAAAAUAUCGGCAUUUUCGCAAGCUUCGAAACGAUACUGCCCAUUCAUAUUUCUUGAGCCGGCAAUUUCCCAUGAAUUAAUACACGCACCUCGCGUUCAAACGGUAUUGUGAGAGUCACCUAAAAUGUGUGCAUUCGUGCAAAGGUAUAGCGAGAUAGCGUCACAUUUAAUUCAAGUGAAAUUUUCGCUUUUCGCUAGCAAUGGUACAGAGAAUUGUUCGAAUGAUUAAAAAAAAAUGAGGAAAUUGUUAGAAUUUAGGAAUCAAUUUUAUUUACAUUUACGGCGCACCAACCUGAACGUGAAAAAGAAGCGGAACAAAUGUAUAGUAUUAGUGGUUGUUUUUUUCCCCAGGAAAGACAAAUGAACUUGUUGGAGCAAUAAUAAUCAUACGUAAAACAAGCUGCUCAAUGGUUGCUUAACUUUAAGUAUUUAUAGUUCAAGUAUUUAUUAUUACACGUUGUGA